AUGGCGUUUCAGGAUUUUGACAAGAUCCAAGAACGUGUAAACGCCAACAGGAAACGUAAGUUCAGGAAAAGGAUCAUUGUUGGAACGGUCUCUUUGCUUGUGGUUGUUGCUGCCAUUAUAGGAGGAGCUUUUGCUUAUGUCGCUUUCGAGAAGCAAAAUGAACAAGAAGCGAAGAAUAACAAUAAGAACGAUGCCAAGAAUAGCCAGAAGAAGAGCCAAAGCGCAAGCCCAACCCCGAAAGCUCCUGUUUCCGCAGCGCAAUCAGUGAAACCUGGUCAGGCCGAUAAUAUCAUCCAGACUCUCUGCAGCGCAACACUUUACAAGAUAAGCUGCGAGAAUACCCUUAAGAACAGAACAGAGAAGGGUUUCGCUGUAGAAAGUCCGUCAACAUUUUUGAAAGCUGCCUUUGAAGCUGUCCAUGAAGAUCUUGACCGAGUAUUGGAGAAGGUCUUAAGUCUCAAGACUGAGAACCAGGACGAUAAAGAUGCGAUUGCGCAAUGCAAGUUGCUUGUUGAAGACGCAAAGGAAGAAAUGGUCGCAUCGCUGAACAAAGUUAACGGCACAGAAAUCAACAACUUCGUGAAAAUAGUUCCUGAUUUGGACAACUGGCUAAGCGCGGUCAUGUCUUAUCAGGAGACAUGCCUUGACGGGUUUGAGGAAGGAAACUUAAAAUCUGAAGUAAAGAAGAGCCUAAACUCUUCUCAGGUUCUGACCAGCAAUUCUCUAGCAUUGAUCAAAUCCUUUGACGCAAAUAUAUCUCCCGUUACAAAGGUCGCAACACGACAUUUACUUGAGCAAAUCCCUUCUUGGGUAAGCAACGAGGAUAGAAGAAUGUUAAGGGCUGUUGAUGUGGAAACUUUGAAUCCUAACGCCACCGUCGCUAAAGAUGGCAGUGGAAAUUUCACAACCAUUAAUGAUGCUCUCAAAGCAAUGCCUGAAAAAUAUGAGGGAAGGUACAUUAUCUACGUCAAACAAGGAGUUUAUGACGAAUCUGUUACUGUGGAUAAGAAGAAGGUGAACCUUACUAUGGUCGGAGAUGGAUCACAGAAGACGAUUGUUACCGGUAAUAAAAGCCACGCAAAGAAAAUCCGCACUUUUCUCACAGCAACAUUCGUUGCACAGGGAGAAGGGUUCAUGGCACAGUCCAUGGGAUUCCGAAAUACGGCUGGGCCUGAUGAACAUCAAGCUGUGGCAAUACGUGUCCAAUCUGAUAGAUCGGUUUUCCUAAACUGCCGAUUUGAAGGCUUUCAAGACACACUGUACGCCUACACGCAUCGUCAGUACUAUAGAAGUUGUGUUAUAGUCGGAACCAUAGACUUCAUAUUCGGAGAUGCGGCUGCCAUCUUCCAGAACUGUAACAUUUUCAUUAGAAAGGGUUUAUCAGGACAGAAGAACACGGUGUCUGCUCAAGGACGCGUUGACAAAUUUCAAACGACCGGUUUUGUGAUCCAUAAAUGUAAAAUCGCCGCAAGUGAAGAUCUUAAGCCCGUGAAGGCAGAGUACAAGAGUUAUUUGGGGAGACCAUGGAAGAACUACUCUCGAACGGUUGUAAUGGAAUCUACCAUCGAAGAUGUGAUCGACCCAACUGGGUGGUUGAGAUGGCAAGAGACAGAUUUCGCAAUAGAUACAUUGUAUUAUGCGGAGUACAAAAACAAAGGACCAAGUGGAGAUACAGCAUCGAGAGUAAAGUGGCCUGGAUUUAAGGUCAUAAACAAGGAAGAAGCUUUGAAUUAUACUGUUGGCCCAUUCUUACAAGGAGACUGGAUUAAUGCCUUAGGUUCUCCUGUUAAGCUUGGUCUUUAUGAUGCGUGA